UUGUAUUACACACUUAUUUCAAUGUGAGAAACAAGAGUUGUGUGACUGACAUCAACAUCUGAUCCUUGUGAAUAAAACGAUGUGGACUGUGAUUCUCCUCAUUUGUUCCAUUCCCGUUUCAGGUGCUUUAUGGGCAGAGAAAUACGUGACGGGAAUUUUGGGAAGAGCGAUCACAAUACAUUGCCACUACGAAGCACGGUGGUACCAGUCACACACUAAAUAUUGGUGUCAAGGAUGGACUCGUCAGUGUAAUGUUAUAGCAACAACAAACAGGGCAAAUGGGAGAAUAUCAAUCACUGAUAACAAAACACAAGGAAUAUUUCUUGUUUCAAUGAAGAAGCUUCAAUGGGGAGAUGCAGGAUGGUACAGCUGUGGGAUUGACAAACCUGGCAUUGACCCUGACCCAAUGUUUAAUGUAAAGCUGCACAUCUCAGAAGAAGCUGUCUCUGUUCCUGGACUUCAAUUUUUGUCACGACCAAAUGUCUCAUGUUCUGGGGACUCAGUGACAAUCUCCUGUGAGUCUGCCCGGGGAUCCCUCCCCAUUCACUACACAUGGUCUGAGAAGACCCCAUCUCAAGACUCAAAGAUCUCUGACACCAAUAAACUGGAUCUACAUUGUCAAUCCUUCACGCAGCAACAUCAUCAAUAUUACUGCACAGCCUCAAAUACUCAGGGAACAAAAUCCAGUGAAAUUGUUCAUGUGUCAGUCAACAAUGAAACAGAGAAGAACUGCUGGUAUAUAAUACACAUCAGCAGCAUCGGACAACGAUGUAUUUGUGACAUUUCUUCAACAAUACCACCGACUACUACACAUUCCCAAAAUACAAAUACAAUUUCUUCUCUCAGUCAAAAGCAAACCUCAGAAGACGAAGCCUCUGAAAGGUAUGAUAUUCUUUGUUUUGAUUCCUUGUGUGAGAUGAACAAUAUUGUUUAA